AGUCCUUCGGACAUAAGCCACACAGCCUCCUGUAGGUGGCAACAGUGCCACCUGUUUGACCGGUGGGGCUGAGCCAAGGAUUAGAAGAGGGAGGAGGCAGACAAACUCGGAGAGGAGCUGGGAAGCAGUGCAGUGCAGAGCAGAGCGCAGAGCAGAGCUGCCGCUGAGACAAGGCCCUCACCAUGGCCGAGUCCCCCGGCUGCUGCUCCGUCUGGGCCCGCUGCCUCCACUGCCUGUAUAGCUGCCACUGGAGGAAAUGCCCCAAAGAGAGGAUGCAAACCAGCAAGUGCGACUGUAUCUGGUUUGGCCUGCUCUUCCUCACCUUUCUUCUCUCCCUGGGCUGGCUGUACAUCGGGCUCAUCCUUCUCAAUGACCUGCACAACUUCAAUGAAUUCCUGUUCCACCACUGGGGACACUGGAUGGACUGGUCCCUGGCAUUUCUGCUGGUCAUCUCUCUCCUUGUCACAUAUGCAUCCCUGCUAUUGCUCCUGGCCCUGCUGCUGCGGCUCUGUGGCCAACCUCUGCACCUGCACAGUGUCCACAAGAUGCUGCUGCUGCUCAUUAUGCUUCUUGUGGCCGCUGGCCUCGUGGGACUGGACGUCCAAUGGCAGCAGGAAUGGCGUAGCUUACGUCUGUCACUGCAGGCCACAGCCCCAUUCCUUCAUAUCGGAGCAGUCGCUGGCAUCACCCUCCUGGCCUGGCCUGUGGCUGAUACCUUCUACCGUAUCCAUCGAAGAGGUCCCAAGACUCUGCUCCUGUUCCUAUUUUUUGGAGUUUCCCUGGCCGUCUACCUGGCCCCACUAUGCAUCUCCUCACCCUGCAUCAUGGAACCCAGAGACUUACCCCCCAAGCCUGGUCUGGUGGGACACCGAGGGGCCCCCAUGCUGGCCCCCGAGAACACCCUGAUGUCCCUGCGGAAGACUGCCGAAUGUGGAGCUGCUGUGUUUGAGACUGAUGUGAUGGUCAGCUCUGACGGGAUCCCCUUCCUCAUGCAUGAUGAGCACCUGAGCCGGACCACGGACGUGGCCUCUGUGUUCCCAGCCCGAACCUCCUCCCACAGCAGUGACUUCUCCUGCGCUGAGCUGAAGAAGCUCAACGCCGGGACCUGGUUCCUAGAGAGACAACCCUUCUGGGGGGCCAAGCGGCUGUCAGACCCUGACCGGAAGGAGGCUGAGAACCAGACAGUACCAACGUUGGAAGAGCUGCUGAAGGAAGCCGCCGUCCUUAACCUUUCCAUCAUGUUUGACUUGCGCCGCCCCCCACGAAAUCACACAUACCAUGACACAUUUGUGAACCAGACCUUGGAGACCGUGCUGAGCGCAAGGGUGCCCCAAGCCAUGGUCCUUUGGCUACCAGAUGAAGAUCGGGCCAAUGUCCAACAACGGGCACCCAGGAUGCGCCAGAUAUAUGGACAGCAGGGAAGCAACAGAACUGAGAGGCCCCAGUUUCUUAACCUCCCCUACCAAGACUUGCCACUGUUGGAUAUCAAGGCACUACACCAGGAUAAUGUCUCGGUGAACCUAUUUGUGGUGAACAAGCCCUGGCUCUUUUCCCUGCUCUGGUGCGCAGGGGUGGAUUCGGUCACCACCAACGACUGCCAACUGCUGCAGCAGAUGCGUUACCCCGUCUGGAUUAUCCCCCCUCAAACCUACCUAAUGAUGUGGAUCGUCACCAACUGUGUCUCCACCCUGUUGCUUCUGUGGACCUUCCUCCUCCAAGGCCCGCCCUUCCGUCACUCCCUAUAUGUCCUCCCCUCUCCCCACCCCCUGCUCUAGGCUUAGAAACAGCAGUGCUGCUGACCAGGAUCAACAAUUUCAUAAUGGAGUGAAUGCCCAACCCUGGACCCCCACCAACCAGAGUCUGAGGCCUGUCUGGAUUGACUAACAACAAGGAAGGGAGAGUGGCUGAGUGGGGAUGGGGUGGCGUAAACUUUGCCAACAGAAGGUUUUGAACUAUGAGGGCCCUCUCCACACAUGGUGGGCACGCGGCAAGCUGCCAUGGAAUCUGGCUCCCCUUAGGCUUUUGACCUGAGGUCAUUGGGAAGACAGUGAGGCAUGGGAAGUUCCUCCCAAAAUGAAACUAGAACAGAGGAAGUGGGAAGGAGGUUGCGGAGGUAAUGUUUCAGAUCUGUGUGCACGUGCUCUUGUGUAGAAGGCACAGGGUGUGUCAGGGAUGGACCAGCUUGGACCAGUGACUGGAGGAGAAGACAGAAGGGCCUUUUCUAGAGAACUAAGACGAUGGAAACACCAAUCCCACUCCAUUCACUGUCUCUCCUGAUCCCUGCAAUUUAACUGCUUUCCUGCCUAGAUGCUGGGGGCUAAAGCGCCCAUAUAGCCAUUUAAUUCUGUGCCUAUAGGUGGCUUUUUGCUGUUCACAGCCUUUUCUUCAAGACAGGUUGGCUCCUC